GUGGUGCUUUGGCUGCUGAACGAUGGCUUCGGAUUUAGAGGAGCGAGUGAGGGCGGCUUUCCGGGACAAACUGUUGCCGGUGAAAACCCCUGCAAGAGAAAAUGACUUUUUGCCCCCUGCUUGUUGCCUGUUAGAGAAACAGAGAGAAUUGGCAGAGGUGGAACAAGCUCUGUUAGCCCAGAAGGAGGAGUUUCAAAUGAAGAUGGAGAACUUGCAGCAUCGUCGGCAGGAGCUGGAAAGCAAGGAAAAAGAGCUCAAAAAGGCGGUCGUGAAGUUUGACAAGUUCCUGAAGGAAAAUGAUGCCAAACGCAGCCGGGCCCUGCGGAAAGCUGGGGAAGAGCAGCAACAAGCGGUGCAGCGAACAGCAGAAGUGGAGCAUCUUCGGCAGGAAAUUGCCCACCUGCUCUCUGUGAAGAAGAAGCUGCAGCAGCGCCUGGAGGUCCACAAGGCCUUUCCUGAAUACCUGCAAAAGGUUCUAGAAAAGGCAGAGCAGUUUCAGGAAAUAUCGGAGCUCAUAAGCCGUUUCCAAACCCUAACUGCCACCCAGGCCAAGUUGGCACAGAGGGAGGUUGUGACCCGUGAAGCUUUGGAAGAGGAACAUGCCUGUCUGCAGAAGUACGUAGAAGAGAGCAGCAACCAGAUCUUGCGGCAAAAGAACCAGAUCGCGCAGCUGCAGGCCCAGCUGGAAGAGGCCCAGAUCAGGGUGCAUGAAGGGGAGUCCAUCUGGAACAGAAUCCAGAACACAGCUGCCCAGAAGACCUUGGAGGUGGGGCAGAUCAAGCUGGCAGCUUUGAACCUCUUUCAGAUGGUGGCCAAGCACAGGAAACUGCCGGGUGAUGUGGCCCAAGAGGACACAGAAGCUCAGCUGGAUGCGGUCCAGUUCUGCACGGUAGACUUGAUUGACAUUCUAGCUGACUUCCGUCAUGGGUAUCCACCAUCAGUCCCUCAGCCUGAGCUGACAGUAACUCCUCAGUCUGAACUCAGCAAGCCAUAUCCAACAUCUGGGACAAACACAUCACUCUCUACACUAAAAAAUAAACGGAUACCAACCUGACAUAAAAAUGGAAACAUUUAGAAACCAUUGGGAGAACCAUUUUUGACCUUCCAGGACCCACCGUUACACUCCUGCCAACUACUGAAUUAGAAAUGAUCAGGAAGUGUUAUUCUAUUCACUGGGGCUUGAAUAAAAACUAGGCAUAUUUCACCCUCUUAGUCAAUCUAGAACUAGGAGUACUGUUGUGAUCAUGUAGGACUAUGAUUAUGGAUGUUCACUGGGCUUAUGUUGAAUACACUUUUUUACCAAAUAUGUUAUAGAAUCCAAUGUUUUAUAAUGGCUGUUUUUAAAAUAUUUGUAUUUUUAAAAGUUUGCUGUCUCUAGGGGAGGGGGCUAU